UAAGUAUUUUUAUUAAUUUAUGAAAUUACUUUGUAGUAUCUAAAAAAUAACAGUUAUACUUUUUUGAUGUCAAUUUAUUAACUCUAACAUUUUAUUUCUAGAGCAUAUUUAAUUUAAUAUAUAUGAAGGUUUAUUUAAGUUUUAGCGAAUGUAAGUUUUUUAUUUAUGAAAUUGUUUUGUAGUAUCUAAAAAUAACAGGUAUACUUUUUUUUUUGCAUAAGUUAUUUGAGUGUUUUAUUUUUUUUAAGCUUAGUAAAAGUUGUUAAAAAUAGAAUCUAAUGUUUUUUGUUUGGACAUGAGAUUAAUUAUUAUAUUAUUUGGAAACAUAAAUAAUACUAUAAUAUUGUUUACAUAAUUAGUUUAAUACAAUUUUAAUUUUUUAUUAAGCAGUAGUGACAUUUUAUGUAAUAUAAAAAUUAGAGCUUAAUCCGCACGUAUGCCCGGAUGUUAGUUUUUACUUUUUAUAAAUUAUUUAAUGAUAUUUUUAAACACAUAAGUUAUUUGUUUAAUUUUUCUUAUUUUAAUAAAGAUAGAUUUAAUAUUGCCAAAAACGGAAACAGGAAAAAACGUAAAGUCCAAGCUAUAUAUAUUACGACAAGUCAGCCAAAUCAGAUUUGUUGCCUCCGCAUAAAAAAAAAGAAACCCUAUUUUCUCUCCGCUUCCCUCCACAGCAGCCAUGGAAGAAGUAGUCGAAGGGAAGGAGUUCUCAUUUCCUCUCGAGGAAGAGAAAGUCCUCUCCUUCUGGACUCAGAUCGAUGCCUUCAAAACACAGCUCAGACGAACUGAGCAUCUCCCCGAAUACAUCUUCUACGACGGUCCUCCUUUCGCCACCGGUCUCCCUCACUACGGCCACAUCCUCGCCGGCACCAUCAAGGACAUCGUGACUCGCUACCAGACCAUGACGGGCCACCACGUCACGCGUCGCUUCGGGUGGGACUGUCACGGCCUCCCCAUCGAGAAUUUGAUUGAUAAGAAGUUUUGUAUCAAGUUGAAAUCCCAAGUGCUUGAGAUGGGGAUUGAUAACUAUAACGAAGAGUGUAGGAGCGUCGUGGAUCUCUACGUGGAGGAGUGGGAGAAGGUGAUCACUAGGAGUGGUCGUUGGAUUGAUUUCAAGAAGGACUAUAAGACGAUGGAUCUGUCGUUCAUGGAGAGUGUUUGGUGGGUUUUUGCUCAGCUUUUUGAUAAGAAUCUUAUCUACAAAGGCUUCAAGGUUAUGCCUUAUAGUACUGGACUAAAGACGCCCUUGUCUAGCUCAGAAGCGAAAGGGACCUACAAGAACGUUUCGGAUCCUGAGGCUAUGGUGACGUUCCCAGUCAUUGGGGAUCAAGAUAAUGCUGCUUUCGUGGCGUGGACUACUACUCCGUGGACUCUUCCUUGCAAUCUGGCUUUGUGUGUCAAUGCCGAGUUUGUUUAUCUCAAGGUUCGUAACAAGCAUAAUGGGAGAGUCUACGUGGUUGCUGAACCUCGCCUCUCAGCUCUUCCCAGCUUUGCUAAUGCUGCUGCUGAUACCAAGAAAGCCAACAAAGGUGGUGACAGUGCGGCUGCUGAUUCUUAUGAGAUUUUGGAGAAGUUUGAUGGAGCUUCCCUUGUUGGGAAGAAGUACGAACCUUUGUUUGACUACUUUAGUGAUUUCUCAAGUAUGGCCUUUCGAGUAGUAGCAGAUGAUUAUGUCACUGAUGACAGUGGUACUGGCAUCGUCCACUGUGCUCCUGCCUUUGGUGAAGAUGAUUACCGUGUUUGUCUUGAGAACAACAUCGUUGAAAAGGGUGAGGGACUAGUUGUGGCUGUUGAUGAGGAUGGGUUGUUUACUGAGAGGAUUACCCAUUUUUUUGGCCGCUAUGUCAAAGAUGCAGACAAGGACAUCAUUGAAGCCGUGAAGGCCAAAGGCAGACUUGUUAAAACUGGGAGCUUUACUCACGAAUAUCCAUUUUGCCCUCGAUCAGACACUCCUCUCCUAAAUAGAGCCCUUCCCAGUUGGUUUAUGCGAGUGGAUGAGCAGCUGAAGGAACAGCUGUUAGAAAACACCAAAGAGACGCACUGGGUUCCUAGUCAUGUGAAGGACAAACGCUUUCACAAUUGGCUUGAAAACGCAAGGGAUUGGUGUAUUAGCCGAAGUAGAUUUUGGGGCACGCCUCUACCUAUAUGGAUCAGUGAUGAUGGUGAGGAAGUUGUUGUCAUGGAUUCUGUCGACAAGCUUGAAAAGCUCUCUGGUGUCAAGGUCUUUGAUCUACAUCGUCACCAUAUUGAUCAAAUUACAAUCCCAUCUAGUCGUGGGCCUGAGUUUGGUGUGCUCCGUCGUGUAGAAGACGUUUUUGAUUGUUGGUUUGAGAGUGGGUCAAUGCCUUUUGCGUACAUCCAUUAUCCUUUUGAAAACAAGGAGCUUUUCGAGAAGAACUUCCCUGGUGAUUUUGUGGCUGAAGGGCUUGAUCAGACUCGUGGAUGGUUUUAUACUCUUAUGGUGCUAUCGACUGCACUAUUUGGAAAGCCAGCAUUUCGAAAUCUGAUUUGCAAUGGUCUUGUGCUUGCUGAGGAUGGAAAAAAGAUGAGUAAGAGUGAAAAGAAUUAUCCGCCUCCUCUGGAAGUCAUAGAUGAGUAUGGAGCUGAUGCUGUGCGAUUGUACCUCAUAAACUCUCCGGUCGUACGCGCUGAGCCACUACGCUUCAGAAAGGAAGGAGUACUUGGUGUUGUCAAAGAUGUAUUUCUUCCAUGGUACAAUGCAUACAGAUUCCUUGUUCAGAAUGCAAAGAGGCUUGAGAUUGAGGGUUCUGGACCGUUUGUUCCUACUGAUCUAGCUACUUUACGGUCAUCAAACGUUCUCGAUCAGUGGAUUCACUCAGCUACCCAGAGUCUUGUUUGUUUUGUCCGCCAGGAGAUGGAUGCUUAUCGGCUUUAUACUGUUGUUCCUUAUCUUUUGAAGUUCCUCGACAAUCUCACUAACAUAUAUGUUAGAUUCAACCGCAAGAGGUUAAAAGGCCGUACAGGAGAAGAUGAUUGUCACAUUGCUCUUUCAACUCUAUACAAUGUGCUCCUCACUUCUUGCAAAGUGAUGACCCCUUUUACACCUUUCUUCACUGAGACGUUAUACCAGAAUCUGCGGAAAGCAUGUGAAGGUUCUGAGGAAAGCAUUCAUUACUGCAGUUUUCCGGAAGCGGAUGGAACGAGAGUGGAGAGGAGGAUUGAGCAAAGUGUUACAAGGAUGAUGACAGUCAUUGAUCUUGCUCGGAACAUUCGUGAGCGUCACAAGCUGCCCUUGAAAACUCCACUAAAGGAAAUCACUGUGGUUCAUCCAGAUGCAGAUUUCUUGGAUGACAUAACUGGAAAAUUAAGAGAGUAUGUCUUGGAAGAGCUUAACGUAAGAUCUCUUGUGACAUGCAAUGAUACUCUAAAGUAUGCGUCUCUAAAAGCAGAACCAGAUUUCAGUGUAUUGGGAAAACGGCUUGGGAAGUCAAUGAGGCUUGUUGCAAAAGAAGUUAAAGAAAUGUCUCAGCAAGAUAUCUUAAGUUUCGAGGAGGCCGGAAAAGUUACUAUUGCUGGACACACACUGGAGCUAACAGAUAUCAAGAUUGUCAGGGUUUUCAAACGUCCGGAUGGUUUGAAAGAUACGGAGAUUGAUGCAAAUGGAGAUGGUGAUGUUUUGGUGCUUUUGGAUUUACGACCAGAUGAUUCGCUGUAUGAAGCAGGUGUUGCUCGUGAGAUUGUCAAUAGGGUCCAAAAACUACGGAAGAAGUCAGGUCUGGAACCAACAGACGUUGUGGAAGUGUACAUUGAAUCAUUGGACAAGGAUGAAUCUGUUCUACAACAAGUUCUGAGCUCUCAGGAACAAUACAUUAAGGAUACAAUUGGUUCAUCUUUGCUUCCGCCUACGUUGAUGCCAUCUCAUGCAGUGAUAUUAUCUGACGAGAGUUUCCAAAACGUUUCAAAGCUGUCGUUUAAGAUUAGCUUGGCUCGUCCGGCUUUGAAGUUCAACUAAGAUACCAUUCUUGCCUUGUGUUCAGAUAACUGUAAGCUGCGUACUUGUUGAGCACGACCAACUCAUGAGAACCCAAUCCCUAUGUCGCACCAUCCAUCAUUUUUUUGUUGCUACAAGUCUUUAGUACUUCGUUUCCUUUUGCAACCCUAUGACUUUUGUGGAUCUCAUUUACUACUUAUGCGUAAUGAUGUUUUACGACUGCUGGUAAUUAUCAUUUUCUGACUA